AUGGCUGCCACCGUCUACCCCUCACGAACCGACACGAGUCCGAAUGUACAUUCGAUGUACCCGCGAGCCCUAAUUGCUGACCUCGACUUCGGCGACAACCGAUACCCCUCAACGACCACUGCACCUCGGUCAAGCCCUAUCGUCGGAGACAAGUCCACAAGGGAUUCAAAUGUGCAAAGGGAGGGCGGUUCGAGUCGAGGGAAUGACGAAGCAGUGGCCACGAGCACCCUAUCGGUCGGACGGACAGCAGAUAUACCAAGGGCGUCUGAUCAGCACCUUCAGUCACAGUCGCGAGGGCCGUCCCGUGCAGAAGCCUCUGACCUUGCAUCGAUAAAAUCCCAAUCACAGGAGCCGUCGCAGGAGCCUCCACGUAGCCAAGUGUCAUAUGCCCUGCCUCAAGGAGCCUCUCGCCGUGUGGUAGAACGGUACAGCUUGGACGACAACACACAACGUGCCCCUUCCAGAGCCCAAGAAGAGGCCCGGCAGCCCCCCGUGGAUGCCUCGCCGCAAGGAAAAACUGCUUUGCCCAGGUUGCCGUCACAGGAGCCAAUAGCAGGUCCUAUUCCUUCCACUCCCCGCCAUCCUGCUUUGCCCGUUUCCGGCGCUGUUGCCGGUCCCAGUUAUACUGUCGCAAUGCCUCCUGCAAUUAUCCCAUUAUCUGCAUCUCCUGGCUAUGCACCUCCUGUAUCCCAGCGUCUUCGAGUGUAUGCCCAACAGCCGACCUUCAUUAAUCAAAGCACGACUCCAAAUCCCGUGAAUCCGGUCUAUUCCCCUACGCCUCCUCCACCUCGACAAGAAGAGGUUUGUGUUGAAUGUGCCAUGCGUGAUCAGGAUAUGGCCGAUGUCGACGUAACAUCUCCAGGAAUGUGGGAGCGGGAGAGUGAUAUCUUGUAUGAGGAGCUAAAACGCAGAGAGGAGGAGGAGGAAGUCACAGGAAUCCUCAAUGUCGAUGAGCCUCCAAGGCCAAGAGCGAAGGGUGGCCGCCUAACUGAGCAAAAUGUCAAGAUAUGGCUCAGCGUGACCGCACGAGAAACGACAUCGCGGAACCAGACCCUCAGUGCGUAUGUCACUGCACAGAGGAAACUGCUAGAAGAAGAAGCUCUCGCACAUACCCGUGCAAUGCAAGAGGCGAAACAACUUGAUAACAGGAUGCGAGAUGCCUACUCCCAAUUACGACGCUCUGCAUACGACAUGGGUAACAGUGCAGCACCCAGCGACGACACGGGUGGGGUCCGUAUCAAACCUCCUCGAUCUCCUACGAACCCGCUGCACGAUCGCGCACAUUCUCGUGAAGUAACCCUCUUGGAGAACGGCAUGAUUGUCGAACACGUGGACGUUCGCAAAGAGGAACGCGAGGCUCGAGAGCGCCGCCGCAGGGAGGAGAGACGGGCUCGAAAGUCUUCUCGAAGCUCUUUCGUCGACGCUCACUCAGUAAUGUCUUCUCCGAGUCUUCCCACUGACAGUGGCAUUGGUCUCAAGCCAUCGACGCGCUAUUCUCAAGGCAGUCCGGGUCGGCCUAUGAGUGUCCUAACUGCACCCCUUGAUCGUCCAGAGCUUCCGCGUGCUCAGUCCCAGGCCUCGUUUUCAGAUGUGCACAGCUUGAGCUCCACGUCCCCACGACGUUCUCGCUUUUUUGGAUUCCCUAACUUCCGGGAAGGAUGGAAUAGCCGUGACAGCUUGGCGGUAUCAGGGAUGUCGGGAAGCAUGGUUGAUAUGCACGUUGCAUUGCAACGUGAAGAUGCGGCUAAUCGAUAUGUAUCCUCUCCCAUUGAUCUGAGCACUCCUCGUCGGAGUCAGCUGUGGAACGGUGCGGACUUGGAACCCUUGGAACCCACUGUAUCACGUCAGUCUCGGUAUUCAGAGAGCAAGAGCCAGAAGAAGAAGAAGGGACUCGCUAAAAUCUGGCGCAUGGUGACGAAAGGAUCUAAGCAUGAUGACAUUGCCAGCGAGAAAAGGCAGCUACAGUCCAAUCGCAGAACCGAAGAUGAUUACCCCCUAGCACCACCACCACCUCUUACCUAUCUUAUGAACCGUGAAGGUCGUCAUGCUUCUACACCUUCUCUCACCUCUUCCCCACCAAAACUUACUGCCGGCGUUUCCCCCCCUACAGCUCCCUCAAGCCUUCUACCUUCUCCUGCUUCAUCACGGCCUUCUGUCCAAGACGCAGACACAGCAGUUGUACGCAAGUUGAGCGGCAACUAUGAUGACGUCGACGAAAAGAGCCCGUCGAGAAACGUGCACUUGAUGACUUCUGAUCCCGACAUACGCAAGCGUGUUGCAUCUUCAUCUCCUGUUCCCGCCCUUCCCAAUAAUUAUACCAGUCUUCCUGUUUCCUCUGCUGGCUUGACACGCGAAAAAUCGCUGCCUCCACUUCCUGGAGAGGCACGACGCCGAUCUAAUAAUGCCCCAACGUCAUCAGACCGACCUCAAACUGUAUAUACCUUCGACACCCGAAGACCACCUCCUGGAGCUGGGCCGACCCAUGACUUCCUUCCGCCUCAAGCACCCUUCCGUAACCCAGAAGCUCGCCGGCAGUCCUUCGGUGGGCUCACGUCACGUCCAAAUCUGGAUGGACUAUCAGAACGGGCGCGGAACCAGACAAUGGCAGGCUAUGACCAACGUGACUCAAUGGGUCCCAUAUACGACGAAUUUGGUGGUUCAAGGCGAUCAUUGCGCCUUGAUUAUGCUGCGACGACAAGCAAUAGGAAUAGCCUACCCCAACCUACAAAGCGAAAGUCCAGAUUCGGACUAUCGUCUUUACUCGGCAAGAAGCAACCAGAAAGAAAUCCGAUGCAGGAUAACGUUGCCCAACAGUUCCCUUCGUUCCGGCAGUCGGCUGGGUCUGAUGCUUUGGACGAGGUGACAACCAACGGAGGCUAUGCUACUUCUGCGUCGCGACAUAGUGCGUUCAGCGGCGUUGGUGGACCAAGGAUGUCCAUCACUUCCCGAAAAGCAUUAGAGGAGCUCGUAGCACAAGAUACGGACUUCGUGGCAUACCGGUAUCCCUCUAACGAUCAGCAUUUAGAUUUGGCGCGGUAA